AUGGCAGACCAAGCCAAGCAUUAUGGGGAUCAAAAGCCAGACGCAGAACAUCUGGACAGUGCUUCUUCUAUCCAUAACGUCGACCAUGACCCCGUCGUUCUUGACGACGUGUCCUACGGACCCACAGGUGUUCGUGGGCUUUUCAUCUCUCCCUAUGUCUCCGGAGCCGCCUUCCUCGCUUCCCUUGGAGGUUUCUCCUUCGGCUAUGACCAGGGUGUCAUCUCCAUCAUCAAUGUGAUGCCCCAGUUUCACGCCGUCUUCCCACAGACGGAGACGGCCUUUGGUACCAGUUUUAUGACUGGUAUGCUUCUGCUAGGUGCUUUCAUCGGUUGCAUCUUUAUGCCAUACGUGGCUGAUAAGAUUUCCCGAAAAUGGGCGUUGACCCUUGUUGUCGUCAUCUUCAACAUCGGUGCUAUUCUACAGACAGCGGCUGUCAAUUACACCAUGUUAGUCGUCGGCAGGACCAUUGGUGGCAUCGGCGUGGGAACUCUGGCCAUGGGAGCGCCGCUCUACAUUUCUGAGAUCUCGCCACCCAACCUGCGAGGUACACUCCUUGUUCUUGAGUCAAUCUCAAUCGUUUCUGGCUGUGUGAUCUCGUACUGGAUCACAUACGGCACCCGGUACAUGUCCGGUGAAGCAUCCUUUCGGCUUCCCUUGGGACUUCAGAUGGUUGGUGCAACUGGGCUAGGUCUUGGCAUCCACUUCUUCCCUUACUCACCUCGAUGGCUAGCCUUGGUGGGCAAGAAUACUGAAGCACUAGCCAGUCUCUGCAAGCUGCGCUGCCUCCCUGAAACAGAUGAAAGGGUUAGGAGCGAAUACCAAUCAAUUGUUGCCGAGGUUGAGUUUCAGAGACUUAUGGAGGAUGCUAAACACCCCGGCGUUCAGGGUCUAAAACUCGAAAUCCUUCAGUGGCUUGAUCUCUUUGACCGAAAGAAGUGGCGGCGUGUAGCCGUUGGUUGCGGUGUCUGUUUCUUCCAGCAGUUUUCUGGGAUCAACGCGUUCAUCUACUACGCCCCAACCCUGUUCCGCUCCAUCGGUCAGUCGUACGAGAUGUCUUUGAUCCUUUCUGGAAUCUUCAACAUUCUUCAGCUUGUCGCUGUCGCUGUGUGUCUCGUCAUCAUCGAUAAAGUCGGUCGACGACCCUUAGCUAUUGUUGGUGGUUUCGGAACAGCCGGUUGCUACGUCAUCAUCGCGGUCCUCGCCGGUCUAUAUUCAAAGGACUGGGAGUCCAAUCCCUCCGCAGGUUGGGCUUGCGUCGCAAUGGCCUUCCUCUUCAUCCUCAUAUUCGGAGCCUCCUACUCGCCCCUGGGCUGGGCCCUUCCCCCCGAGGUCUUCUCCACGAGCUCCCGAGCCAAGGGUGUGGCCCUCGCUACAUGUGUCAAUUGGCUGUCCAACUUCACCGUGGGCGUUGCCACUCCACCCAUGCUUGAGGCUAUUGGUUUCGGUGCCUACGUCUUCUUCGCUGUAUUCUGUGGCCUCGCCGGCGUCUGGGCUUGGCUUUUGGUUCCCGAGACAAUGGGCAAGACUCUUGAGCAGAUGGAUGAGAUCUUUGGUGAUACAAGCGGGCAGGAGGAACAGGAUAUCAUGAGACGGGCGGUUCGGGCUACUGAGAUGACACAUCGCCAGAACGUCUAG